AUAGCCUUAUUUCUCAUCAAUAAAAUCACUGGAGUUUUAUUCAGUCUCUUCCCUAAUACAAGAAUCCAAGCACAUUCUUUACGGUUCAACUAAUGGCGGAUAAUUCCCCCAAGAAGAACAUCCUCCAGAGCACCGCUCUUCUCCAGUAUAUACUUGAAGCCAAUGCCUAUCCGAGAGAGCAUGAACAGUUGAAGGAACUCAGGGAAUCCACCUUCGAGAAAUUCGACAAGUCCAUGAAUGGGAGUGUGAUGAGUGUACCGACGGAUGAAGGAUUGUUUCUUUCAAUGCUUUUGAAAUUGAUGAACGCAAAGAAAACAAUAGAGAUUGGCGUAUUCACUGGCUAUUCGCUCCUCACCACGGCGCUUGCAUUGCCCGCCGAUGGCCAGAUAACAACAAUUGAUGUGAACAGACGAUCAUUCGAAUUUGGUUUACCAUUUAUAAAGAAGGCAGGAGUUGAUCAUAAGAUCAAUUUUGUGGAAUCUCAAGCAUUGAUUGCCCUCGAUAACCUCCUCAGUGAUGGCAAAGAAGAAGAGUUUGAUUUUGCAUUUGUUGAUGCCAUAAAGUCGGAGUACACUAAAUAUCACGAGUUGCUUUUAAAAUUGAUGAAAGUAGGUGGAGUAAUUGCCUAUGAUAACACUUUGUGGUAUGGAUCAGUGGCGCUAAGCGAUGACGUCGUCCAUGAAGAUUUGAAGGAAAACAAAACUCAUAUACAACGACUCAAUGCUUUUUUAGUAAAUGACAUGCGGGUGGAGAUAGCCCUCCUUUCUAUUGGAGACGGUGUUACUCUUUGCAGACGUAUCAAAUAAUGGGGUUGUUUAGCAUGUCAAAAUUUCAACUUAGAUAAAUUUUAUGAGGAAAAUUAUUGAAUUUAUUUUGAGCACGAAAUCGAUUUUAAUAAUGAAAUGGUUGGAAUA